CCUUGAGCAGCCUGGGGUCACCAUCUGUUGUCCUCGGGCGUGUGUCACUGGCGCAAGACCAACAGUGACGCGAUGAAACUCAGAUACGGUUGGACGCCAAUCUAUUGAUCUGACAAGCAUCAUAACCUGUCAAUGGUACAGCGUCACCCCAUGGACCACACUCUGGUGCCUUGCCAAGAAACGUAUUCCCUGCCCUUCGCUAAGUGUCUGUCUCAAAAAUAUCAAUGCCUAGUUUCUCAAUAAAAAGUGCGAACACUCCGACUGUAAUUCCCAACAUCGCAAUGUUGCGUCUUCUGUAUAUCGCGCUGUCUCUUUUCUUAUGCCUUCAGCUCGCUGUUGCAGAUCCUACCUCCCCGCGAGUUUCUAGUCACUCCAAGUCAUCACUAGUGACUAAGUCUCUACUAUCAGCUCUCUUGGCGCGGCGAGGGAAGUUCAUUGCUCGAGCAAACGUCUGUCCUACCGGAGACCAGCAAUGCAACGACACCUGCUGUGCAUUCGGCACCUUCUGCUGCAAUGACUAUCUCGGGGGAUGCUGCCCGACUGGAUCUACGUGCAUAGCGAAUCUUUAUGAAUGUUCCAGUGUAGGCUCCGGUGGUGGUGGCGGAAGCGGUGGAGGCGGUGUUACAACGGCUACUCCUACUCCUACUCCUACUUCUACUUCUACUUCUACUCCUACUCCUACUCCCACUCCGACUCCUACUUCUACUUCUACUCCUACUUCUACUUCUACUCCUACUUCUACUCCCAGUUCUACUUCAACUGUGCCGCCCGGAACCUCUUCUACCGGCAGUGGUAUAACUACACCCAACGGCCCUACGACAUCUGCGGGAAGCGGUGGAGGCGGUGUUACAACAGCUACUCCUACUCCUACUUCUACUUCCACUUCUACUUCGACUCCUGCUCCUACUCCUACUCCUACUCCCACUCCCAUUUCAACUUCAACUGUGCUGCCCGGAACCUCUUCUACCGGCAGUGGUAUAAUUAUAUUCAACGACCCUACGACAUCUUCGUCUGGAGGGUCUUCUACCACUCCCGUGGGUAUAUCUACUACUACGUGGGUGUCAGUUAAUGCUGCUUCUCGUGGUUUUGGACUCAUACCUGGGAAACGGCUUGCGGCCUUGGUUGCAGUUGUUGGCUUGCCGAUUAUCCACAAUUUCACCCAAAUAUAGUGAACGUGUCAAAGUACUUCUCUUCUCAUUUGGACAUACCUGUCAUGUUGGAGUCAUAAUUUAUGGACAGAGAUCGCCAGAUAUCUCACCUGAUUUUCGCUUUCGCCCAUGACUGUACUUACUUCACGUUGUUAUGCGUCUGUGGUUCAUGGAUGACGGGAGAUGAAAGUAGAUCGAUCCGUGGCGCAAUAUUUGCGCAUCCAUUGCAAGCGAAUUGUUCAUAAAUUUACCCAUGAGCCUCGCCACAUGAUGGGGGAGGUGACAUCAUGCCUGGGCGGGA